GGGCCGGUAGUUGAGACAGAGAUAAGCUAUGCGCCGUUGUAUCGUGACAUUUUAGAUUAGGAAAGCCACUGAGAUGAAAUUACUACUAUUUCUCUGCCUCCUUGGCGUCACCUUUGCUGCACAGCCAACGUGUGAGAUACCCCAUGGCCAUGACCUGACGCAGCUAGUGGACGGCGGGUUCGCCAGGAUGGACACACAGCCAAAGGACGAUAAAGUGACCACACUGGAAUAUGAUAUGAUCAUCCAGUUGGACGACAAAAACAACGAUUCCUGCGUGUCGUUCGCGGAGUACCACAAUCCCGAGACUCAGGCCCUCUACUUAGAAGUGAACCAGAAAAUGUACCAGCACUUUAACCCGGAUGGUGACGACUGCCUGGAUGUCGACGAGAUGAACGCUCAAUUUGGCAAGAUUGACAAGGACGGAGAUGGUCUUGUGGAUAAACACGAAUACGAGCAAUACUACACGAACUUGUUGAAGCAUCUCUACCCCUGUCACGGCGGCGCAGGGAAGUAACUGCCUCUGUACGCGGCUAGGGCGACUAUGGAUUACCUUGUUGUAUUUGAUGAAAGAUACAAUUAAAGUCAUAUAUUAAGUACGCGAUGCGCUUGUUAUAAACUGAUAAAAUA